AUUGAAAAUCUACAGGAGCAACUUAGGGACAAAGACAAACAGCUAACUAAUCUAAAAGACAGAGUGAAGUCUUUGCAGACGGAUUCUAGUAACACAGACACAGCACUAGCAACCUUAGAAGAAGCUCUGUCAGAAAAGGAAAGAAUAAUAGAGCGCUUGAAGGAGCAAAGGGAGCGAGAUGACAGAGAAAGACUUGAAGAAAUUGAGUCUUAUAAAAAAGAAAACAAAGACCUGAAGGAGAAAGUUAAUGCUUUACAAGCUGAACUGACAGAAAAAGAGUCUAGUUUAAUCGAUCUCAAAGAACAUGCAUCUUCCUUGGCAUCAGCAGGGCUGAAAAGAGACUCCAAACUUAAGUCUUUAGAAAUAGCCAUAGAACAAAAGAAAGAAGAGUGUAGUAAGUUGGAAGCACAGUUGAAAAAGGCUCAUGAGGCUGAAGAGGAAGCACGGAUGAAUCCAGAAUUUGCAGACAGAAUGAAACAGCUUGACAAAGAGGCAUCGUACUAUAGAGAAGAAUGUGGCAAAGCUCAGGCUGAGGUUGACAGACUUCUAGAAAUACUCAAGGAAGUAGAGAAUGAGAAGAAUGACAAAGAUAAGAAAAUUGCUGAGUUAGAAAGACAUAUGAAGGACCAAAACAAGAAGGUUGCUAAUCUGAAGCACAAUCAGCAAAUGGAGAAAAAGAAGAAUGCACAGUUGUUGGAAGAAGUUCGUAGAAGAGAGGACAACAUGACUGACAACUCUCAACAUUUACAAGUAGAAGAGCUGAUGAACGCACUGGAAAAGACUAGACAAGAAUUAGAUUCUACCAAAGCCCGUCUUGCCUCAACACAGCAGUCACUGGCUGAAAAAGAAGCACAUCUUGCUAACCUGAGAAUAGAGCGAAGAAAACAGCUUGAAGAAAUUCUGGAAAUGAA